UUUUCGUUAAUUAUUUGUUAUGUAUUGACGGAAAAAGUGAUUUUAAAUUUGAAUACAAAACAACCAAUUUUUGUAAGUAGUGAAAAAUUUCUCAGUUUUACGUUGGAUCCAAAAUGGAUUUUUUCUGGUGAUUUGACAGACAAUUUUUUAAGUUCAAAUUUGGAAAGAAGUAUUAACAUAGGAAAAGCAUUUUCACCUGCUUAUGUUCGUUUUGCUGGACCAAUAAGUAAUUCUUUUACUUUUGAAAAAGAAAAAUUUCUCCUUAACAAUGAAACUAAUUCCGAUUAUGACCUUAAUGAAAAAAUUUUGAAUGCAAUUAAUCGGUGGGCAGAAAAAUCGGGUGUAAAUUUAAUCACCUGCAUUGGACAAUCAAAUGAAAAUAUUGAUAAUGCAUUAAAAACAAGGAAUUUAGUUGCACUCAGUAAUCAGAUGGGUUACAAUACAAGUUGGCAGCUUGGAUAUGAAUGUCAAUCGAGAUGUAAUAUGCGUGCAGAAAAAUUGGGACAAAAAAUUAAAUAUUUACGAAAAUUGCUCAAUGCAUUUCCAAGAUAUUCAAGUAGUCUCAUUGUUGGACCUGAUGUGAUUGCAUUCAAAACUAAUGAAGAAAAACAAUAUUUACUCGAUUAUUUCAAUUCCAUUGGAUCUGCACUUUCCGCAAUAACUUGGCAUCCAAAUUUCGAUCAAGUUUCUUUCAAUAAUAACAAAGUGAUAAUUCGUGAUGAAAAUCUUUUCACUGAAAAGGCGAAUCUUGAAAAAGCAGCUGGAGAAAUAAUAUUUAAAAAACCCUUAUGGAUAGCCGAAUCAAAAGAAGAGAAGUGCAAAAAACAAUUUAUCGGUGCACUCGUGUGGACUAGAAGACUUGGAAAUUCUGCAAAAAUUGGCGCUCAAGUUGUUAUGAGACAGCCCGAAAAUUCGAAUCUAUUCAAACCUACUCCGGACUUCUGGGUCUCGUUAUUGCACAAGAAUUUGGUUGGUUCCGAAGUUUUAGAUAUAAAUGUUGAAUUUGGAAACGAGACUCACAUUCAUUUCUUCUGCCAAUGCACAAAACCUUCGUUAAAAUACAAAAAAGGAUCUCUUACAAUUUUUGGUAUUAAUUUAACACCAAAUCCAAUAAUAGCAAAAUUAAAAGAUUUCAAAAUCAAGGAAGUGGACGAAUAUAUUCUCUUACCAGGAUUUGACAAUUCAAAUCGAAUGUUCGCUGAGUCCACACUUUUGAAUAAUAAACUUCUGACAUUAAACAACGGACAUGAAAUACCACAUUUUGCACCAAUUGUCAAAAAAGAUGAUAAAAAUGUACCUAUUAUUCUUCCAUCUGGAGGAAUUGGUUUUUGGGUGGUUCCAAAUUUAAAGUUCAAGGUUUGUGGAUUUCAUGAGGAAACUAUCAAAAACCGUUCACGAAGAGGCACGAAAAUAGAGAAUUCAUCAGAAAAUAUCACACCAACAUCACGUAAACGUGUACGAGAUAUUUUCCGAACACUAGAAAGCAACACGAACACUAUUCAAAAUCAAAAUCCAUCACCCCCAACAUUAAAAUUGACACCAAUAAUUAUUCCCACUGUACUUUCUCCAAAUGAUCAACUAAAGCAAAAAUUAGCCAUAGCAAGAAUUAAAUUACGUACGAUUUUUCAAGAUCUACAAAAUUCCAUCAAACACCAUCGACCACUUGCUGUAAAACGCGAAACAGUUAUUAACGGAGAAACAACCCCAUUGACAAAAUUCAAACAGAUCCAACAGAAUCAACAAGUUCGAAAUGCGGAAAUCGUUCGCAAAAUUCGCGAGAGCAUUAAACAAUUAGAAAUUUCGGAUACACUGAAAAAUACACUUGGCGAGAGAAAAUUGAAACAAUUCAUUGAUAAGUCAGAUGAGGAAUUGGAGAAAUUGAGAAGUAAUUUGCGAAAACGACAGGAGAAAUUUGUGGAAAAUUAUAGAACGAGGUCUGGGGAUUUUUCCCAAAAGUUAUUGAAUGAUGAUUUUAAGAGUAGGGUUUCGAAGAUUGUGGGAGUUUUGCAGGAGAAGGAGAGGGGUAAUUCUCACAAAAAGCGCGAGACUGAAGAAGAUGCUGGAGGAGAAGAGGUUGAAAAAGAUGACGCUGAACGAGAAGAUGCUGCAAAAUAUGAUGAUGAACAAGCAAAUUCUAAACAAUAUGGAACUAAAGGAAAAGAUGCUGAACAAGAAGAUGUUGUACAAAAAGAUGCUAAUCAAGAAGAUGCUGCACACAAGUAUGCUAAACAAUAUGGUACUAAACAAAAAUAUGCUGAACAAGAUGAUGCUGCUGCACAAAAGGAUGCUAAACAAUAUGGUACUAAACAAAAAAAUGCUGAACGAUAUGUUACUAAACAAAUAGAUGUUGAACAAGAUGAUACUGAACCAGAAGAUGCUAAACGAGAAGGUACCAAACAAAGAAAAGUAAAGCGACAUAGUGCUGAACAAGAAGAUGUAAAACAAGGUGACACUGAACAAGGUGAUGUUGAACAAAAAAAUAUUAAAGAAGAUGCUUUUGAACAAGAUGAUUCUACACAAAAAAAUGCUGAACCAAAAGAAGUUAAAGAAGAUUAUACUAAUCAAAAAGAUGCUGGAAAUGAUGAUGCUGAACCAAAAGAUGCUAAACAAGAUGGUGUAAAACAGAAAGAUGAUAUACAAGAAGAUGCUAACCAAAAGGAUGCUGAUCAACAAGAUGCUACACGGAAAGAUGCUAGACAAGAAGAUGCUACACAAAAAGAUGCUAAAGAAGAAGAUGCUAAAAUAACUAAAAUCAAACGAAAUAGUCAACAAGAUAAGUCUAAGCACUAUAAACCGAAAAUAGAUAAAUUUCAACAAAAUUUACCCGAACAAGAAGGACCUCAUCAAAGUGGACCCGAAGAAGACGGACCAGAACAAAGCGAAGUUAAACAAAACGAACCUGAACAAAAUGCUCCAGAACAAGCUAAACUAACCGAAGAUGACGAAUUACUCUCCACUUUCACAUCAUUCUUCAAAAAUUUCUUGCAUCCAACAGAAGGACAAACCAUCAAUAAUCCCCCUGAACAAACAGACCCUGAGGAUACAACAUCAAAUGACGAAUAUUCAUCCGAAGAAGACGAAAACUGGAACCACAGUUUCGUUGCUGCUUCUACUACUACUGCUGAUGCUACUGAUGAUAAUAAAAAUUAUGAUGAUAUUAAUAAUAAAAAUAAUAACAAUUAUGAUAAUAUUGAUAAUAAUAAUGGUGAUGCUGAUGAUUAUAAUGACGAUACAACACAAAAAUACUUCCGCAAAAGAAGAGACACCGAAAGCGACGAAACUGAUUACAAAUCCUCCAAAAGUCACAAAAAAGUAAAAGAAAAUUACAGUGACAAUGAAUCCAAUUACUACAAUGCUGAAAAUGAUAAUGAUGAUGAUAUGAAAUAUUUCAUUACCAAGAGACGAAAAAAUAAAAAUGACGAUGAUGAUCUAGACGAGACGUACUCUCCGAAUUACAACCAAUUCACCAAUUUUCGACAGCAGUGGCCAAAUUAUUGGAACUAUCGUCCAUUAAUUUAUUACGAUUAUUAUGCUCCGUACGGAAAUUAUCAUCAUUACUAUCCAACUGGUAUUCCAAGUUACAGUGCUCAUUUUGACUAUGGAAAUUCUGUUCCCUACCAUUAUUAUCAACAACCAUUUGUACCAUUACUUCGACGACGUCGUCGUCAGAUUGAUGAUAUUGAUAUUAAAAACACUGACAAAGGUCCAAUUGACAACUCAAAACUGAUUAAUAGUAGAGUUUUUAGUAAACAGCAUGAGGUUAAUAAUAACGAGCAGCAGUUUUAUGAACAUCAGAAGUUUAAAAAGCAGCAAGAGCUUAAAGAACAGCAAGAAAUUAAUAAACAGCAAGAGAUUAAAAACCAGCAAGAGGUAAAUAAUCAGAAAGAUGUUAAAAGACAGAAAGAUGAGGUUAACAAUCAGAAAGAGAUUGAAAAUCAGCAAAAUGAGGUUAACAAUCAGAAAGAGAUUGCCAAUCAGCAAGAUAUUAAUAAUCAGAAAGAGGUUAAAAAACAGCAAGAGGUUUAUAAUCAGCAACAGUUUAGGGGAGUGUGGGGGAAUUGGAGCCCCUUAAGGAAAAUUAUUAAAAAAACCAACUUAUCUUUAUAAUAAUACAUUGUUUUCGUUAUUUUCUACUCAUUUCGUUAUUUAUCUUUAAUUAUGUUUAAUUAGAAACUUAAAAAGAGAAAGCAAAUUGGAAAAAAAAAUUUUCAAAAAAAAAAUACAUUUUUUGCCAUCACCCAAUUUGUCGGGUAUUGGGAGCUUUCACUUGAAAUUUAAAAUUUUUUUAUUUUUUAGGAAUAUUUUUUGUUUUCUAAUAGAAAAAAGUGUUAAUACUUACAAUGA